GCUGCCUUUACUAUCUGCGUUUGCGCGCCGGCGCUCAUUGGCUGAUAAUCGGUCAACAACAGGGUCAGAGGGACACCCCGGGACACCGGACACGCGGGGCAGCAUGUUUACAGCCACGCUCACCCAGAAUUAGUUCCUCAAGACGAUUCGCCCGUUUUAUUUAUUUAUUUAUUUCCCCCUCUCCGUCUGGAGACAUUAUCUCGUCCCGACGAUGCUUCUGUGCCGCGCGGGCAGGCUGUCGUGUGCGGCUUUGGGUCCGGCUCGGACGGCUCCGGGCUUUCUCCUGCUACACGGACCGGGACACGUCACUAGUCUGACAGCGCCCGUGGGCCGCCACCUCCACCGGUGCCGGUUCUUGUGCGGGUCCGUCGUGGAAACCCGAGCGCACCCGAACAGGCAAAAAGCAGAGCUGAAGUGGGGCACGCGGCUCGGUUUUGUAACCGCUGAGUGGAGACCGCUGAACCGAGCACGCACUGAGGCUGCGCGCCUGUCUGGGGGGGAAUUUGACAGAGGACGCGCCACGGGGGGGCUGUUCACAGGUAACUGGGGGGUGUUUUGUCGACGUCCCUUCACAACCAGCAUGCAGAGCAGAUCCUCGUCCACGAAGCAGAGCGCGGAGCCGCUCGACAGCAGCAAAAAAGACACGUCUACCUCAACCCCCGAGAAGAGUCCAGAGGAGAUGCCAGAGUCUGAGGAGCCAAAACCUAACAAGACCCAGCAGCUUAAGAAGGUUUUCAAGGAGUAUGGAGCCGUGGGAGUUUCCUUUCACAUUGGAAUGUCACUAAUGUCUCUGGGAAUGUUUUACCUCCUUGUAUCAAGCGGGAUCGACAUGGCCGCCAUUCUGUGUAAAGUGGGCUUCAGCGAGGCUGUGGUUCAGUCCAAAAUGGCGGCCGGAACCAGCACUUUUGUCCUGGCCUACGCCAUCCACAAGCUCUUCGCCCCUGUUCGCAUCAGCAUCACUCUGGUGUCGGUGCCUCUCAUCGUGCGCUACCUCAGAAAGACUGGACUCUUUAAACCACCCACACCCGCGCCCUGAUGACUCCCCUCCGCCCUCCGGCUGCCUCAUUAGGCAUCCUGAAGGGCCCCUUAUAAAACCCUUGUAUAUAUUCUUACCUGUUUGUUUUCUGCUGGGUACAUUUCAUCAGUUAGUGCUUAUUUGUGAAUCCAGGGAAAUACUUCAACAUUAGCAGACAAUUUUUUUUGUGAGGUUAAAAUCUAAGGUAUAAUGGGAUAAGCUUAAAACAUUUAUUUGGUCCCUUCUUACAUUUUAAGGAGAGAGAAAUAACACUAAUCCUUAGAAUGAAUAUGCAUUCAUAUUCAGGGAUUUUAUGUCUCAGUUGUGAGCCUUUUUGGCGGCUGUCAGGGGUUUUGAAAAAGAGUGCUGUCUGCCUCAGCUGUUCUUUCUCCUGACAUUUUUUCUCUCUGUUUCCCUUCUGAUGCUCUUCUGCAUUUUUUAAUGUUCUUCCAAAUCAUUGCAUCAUUUGAAAUGUGAGGAAAGGGUUCUUUGAUAUAAAUUUAUUUUACUGCUAACUUUCCGUCAACAGUCUUGUUGUUCCUGAAUCUUUUAUUUAUUUGUGAUUUUCUUUGUCCAGUUGUCACCUCACUGUUUUCAUUGGUAAGUAUUAAACAAUGGAGCAGAUGAAUGCAGACUCAACAGUUCAUUCUUAAGGCAAAAAUGUCCUUUUCUACCCCUGGUUUGUGCUGUAUGGCCUCCGUUGGUUCAGACCAACUGUUAUUGAUGUGGUAUUCAGACUCAACAUGCUGAUAAAUUACUGCUACUGCCCUGCUUUGCUUAAAAUACAAAUUGUGUUUUGUAUUUUUUGUAAGAUCAUGGAAUAGAACAUCAGUAUAUUAAGCAUGGUUGCUAUAGAUUUUAAUGUUUAAAUACAGAAGAAAGGUGUUACACUAAAAAGUGACAUAACAAG